AUACCGGGGUAGGGGCAUAUACUGACAGGACUGGGUAACCUGGGCCGCUUCCAGGGGCGCUUUAGGACGUGGACUGGGCUACUCGGUUGGGGUAUUUUGGGCGCAUUGCUGCUUCUCACGGUGGCUGCUGCUCCAGGUUGGGGUAGUUUUUGAGCGACUUACUUGACAAGGCCCGUGUUUUGCCCCUGAAGGGGUGUCUGGAGCCGGAUAUGCUGGAGGCAGCGGUGGGGGAGCCCAGCCCGGAAGAUACGCCGUUGAAUCUAAAGUCUGCAGCUCAGCCUCCACAGAAACGAUCUCGGACUGUCGAGGACUUCAACCGAUUCUGCAGCUUUGUGUUGGCGUACGCUGGUUACAUCCCAUCAUCCGCCAAAGAGGAGGGCACAUGGACCCCUCCAGGCUCCACGUCUCCUCACAGGACGGAGGAAAGCGACAGCUGGGAUUCUCCCGACACCCCGAGACCCCCGCUAACCUCCGAGCGGCCGGGGACCCCCCACACCUCUGACCUGAACACCAUCCAGACGUUCGUAAUGAAAGCCAAGACCCAGGGUGGGGGUGGGAGCAGCAGUAAGAGGAAAGGCUUGGGGGGUCCCGGAAGUGAGCGAGUGAAGAAGGGCAGUCGGAGGAAGAGACGACAGAGGCACCGAGGGGGAGCGGGGAUGAGACUAAGUGAUACGGACACUGAGGAGGACGAGAAAAGGGAGCGACCCCUCGGAACUGCCCCUGCCCCUCAGCCACCCCCCAGCGCGGAGAGCAGCAGGGACGGCGGGGGCAGCUCGAGCGACGCAGACACACAAGUGAUGGAUGAGGACAUAAUGGUGGAAUCAGGUGACGAUUCUUGGGACCUUGUGACGUGUUACUGCGAGAAGCCGUUUGCCGGCCGCCCGAUGAUCGAGUGUAACAUCUGCUGCACUUGGGUCCAUCUUUCCUGCGCGAAGAUCAGAAAGAGCAACGUUCCGGACAUCUACUACUGCCAGAAGUGCAGGGGGGGGCGUCAGAGCGGGGGCCCGGGGCCCAGGAUGGAGCCUUGACACAAGACGAAAGACUUUUUAGGGGAGCCCCAGCUCCCUCCCUGGCUGGAGCACAGACUCUUGGGAUGGGGGCCCCGACGGAGAGUGAGGAGAGGCGGUGGGCCCCGAGAUGGGUGCCGUUACUGGGACUGUUUUCUGGGGGUGGCCGAGCGGGGUGCCAGUCUCGCAUCCGCGGGGAGAAUGGGCUGUCCAAGGAGCGGCCCUCCCCCCGCGCACAGCGCCCCCUCCGCUCCCCGUGUAAAUAUUGGCCGAGAGCUUUAUUUUUUUUCUCCCUCCCUGUAAUAAAUCCGUUUGUAUCCCAGAAAUAAAUGUUACUUUGUGUA